AUAAAUAAAUUGAAUUAACAAAAGACAAGAAAAUACUAAAGCAAGUCCGGCAGAUGAUUCUAUUAAAUGUGAGAACAAAGAAGAAUCUCAAAGAACAUUCAAGUGACAUUGAAUCUUAUAAGUUAUCAGAAAUAAAUUUUCAUCGUAAUCCAAUGAGAGCAGCUUUUAAUU